CAAAACCAGGAAUAGGUCUGAAGAAAAAAAUAUUUCAUUGGAAUACAUACAACAUUUACAUGAAUUGCAUGACAAGUGGUUAAAUGUACACAUUACUGACGUACCAAAGAAUAUACCUGUAGUGAUUGUUGAUGCUAAUCAAAGUAUGGAUUUAGUUAGAAAGCAAUUUAAAGGUAUUAGAGACUUAAUAACUAAAAAUGCAUCUGCACUUGGAAAACUUAAAACAAGUCCUACAAAUUCUGAAAUUGGUAAAAAUAUAAAUGACAUUCACAUUUCAUCUAAUUGUAAAUUGAUGUCUGACUCCUCAACCAUUGUUCCAGCUCAAAGAGUCUAAUUUAAACAUUAUUUUCUUUGUCAGCCUAAACUUAUAAGACCUAUAUAUUUUUUACUUUAUAUUUAUACUUUUAUUUACGCAAAUACUUUUGAUAGAAAAAAUAAAAAUAUUGAAUAAGGGACACGGACUUCACAAGGUUUCCUAUAUAUUUUGUAAUUAUAUAUAAUAUAGUAUAAUACAUAUUGCAAUAUGAUUAGUUAAAAAGAAAAUCUAUACAUUUAUACUUGUAAAAAAAAUAUUAUUUAUUAUGAUUUUUUUUUUCUAGUAUUAUAAAAUUAAUUUUUUUGUUUAAACUAUUUUACUGGUAUAUGUUACUUAUUGCACAUUUGAAAUAUCUCUUAUUGACUUGAGCACGCUUUGUUUAAAAAUAUAUGUAAGUAAAUUAAUUAAUUUCUACAUCUGACAUACUAGAAUAAAGUAAAAAUUAUUUGAUUUUAUAUAAUAUAUUUUUAUUAAUACUAUUAUGUUAAAAUGCAAUUUUCUUUAUAGAUACCAAUUGGCAAUUACCAAUAUAUUACUUGAUAAAGUUUUAGAAAUUGCUGUGAUAACUAAUAAAUAAACUAUUUAAUAUGCAA